CAUUAUGCAAUAGUGUACAAGCCCAUUGAGCUUCUGUGUUAUUCUGUGUCUCUCCACGGCUAAGAACUACAGUCUGGAGCAGGUUUUUACUUUCUCUUUGUGGAUUUCUAGUAUGGAUUGGAGAUUAUUUUUGUUUUUUAUUACUGACUUUUAACUUUACAGCCACUACCUUUUACCUCUAACCACUUGCAUGGGCCACGUCCAUUAUGUAAGAUGUCAAAGAGGAUCUAAGUCAGAGUUCAACUUUCUUUAGUUAAUGAUUGGUUUGUGUGAGGUUUUUCUAAGAGCACUUUUUGAAAGGGAUCAGAUCACGGAAGGACAGACAGCCAACAUGAAGCUGGAGCAGCGUCUCUCUAUUUGCAUCCUGCUGGUACUUUGUUGUACAUGGAGUGCAAAUGGAGGCAACAUCUUGGUGUGGUACUCUGAAGGCAGCCACUGGAUUAACAUGAAGCCUGUGCUGGAGACACUGAUCGACAGGGGUCAUAAGGUGACGGUUCUGAUCCCAAGCACGUCGAUAUUCAUGAACACCAAUGAGCCUUCCCGCUUUGACUACGAACCCUUCAAUGUCUCUGUCUCAAUGGAGGCUAUAGAAAAGUUCAUGGAAGAGUACCUUCACUUCUCAAUGUACGAGAUGGAUCACAUGAGCUACCUGCAGAUUUACAUCAAAUUCAUAGAUCUGAUGAAGUUCAAUCUGCAGAAUUCUUUGAAGUAUUUGGACGGUGUGCUGAAAUCAGAAACUCUCAUGAAGAGGUUGAAGGAGGGAAAAUAUGACCUUCUCCUGGCUGACCCUAUCUUCACCGGCAGUGACUUAACAGCAGAGAUUUUGGGCAUCCCCCUCGUAUUCUCCCUGCGCUUUUCCUUAGCCAAUCACUGGGAGAGAUAUUGCGGUCAGGUACCCUCUCCACCUUCCUUUGUCCCUGGUGCUAUGAGCAAACUGACUGACAAGAUGGACUUCUCAGAGAGAGUGUGGAACUUCCUCUUUUACACACUGCAGGAUGUUGUGCUGAAUAACGUUUAUUGGAAGGAUGUGGAUAAAUAUUACUCUGAAGUUAGAGAUGGCAGCCACUGGAUUAACAUGAAGCCUGUGCUGGAGACACUGAUCGACAGGGGUCAUAAGGUGACGGUUCUGAUCCCAAGCACGUCGAUGUUCAUGAACACCAAUGAGCCUUCCCGCUUUGACUACGAACCCUUCAAUGUCUCUGUCUCAAUGGAGGCUAUAGAAAAGUUCAUGGAAGAGUACCUUCACUUCUCAAUGUACGAGAUGGAUCACAUGAGCUACCUGCAGAUUUACUUCAAAUACAUGGAUAUGAUGAGGAAUGACAUGCAGUAUUCUUUGAAGUAUUUGGACGGUGUGCUGAAAUCAGAAACUCUCAUGAAGAGGUUGAAGGAGGGAAAAUAUGACCUUCUCCUGGCUGACCCCAUUUACCCUGGUAGUGACUUAACAGCAGAGAUUUUGGGCAUCCCCCUCGUAUUCUCCCUGCGCUUUUCUCUAGUCCAUAACUGGGAGAGAUAUUGCGGUCAGUUACCGGCUCCACCUUCCUUUGUCCCUGGUGCUAUGAGCAAACUGACUGACAAGAUGGACUUCUCAGAGAGAGUGUGGAACUUCCUCUUUUACGCACUGCAGGAUGUUGCGAUAUAUGAUGUUUUUUGGAAGGAACUGGAUAAAUAUUACUCUGAAGUCAAAGGAAAACCCACCAGUGCCUGUGAGAUGAUGGGCAGAGCAGACAUCUGGUUGAUGCGAACCUACUGGGAUUUUGAUUUCCCUCGUCCUUUCCUCCCCAACUUCAAAUUUGUUGGUGGGAUCCACUGCAGACCUGCUAAACCUUUACCAGAGGAUAUGGAAGAGUUUGUGCAGAGUUCUGGAGAUGCUGGCAUCGUGGUCUUCACUUUGGGAUCAUUCAUCGGGAACAUAACCAUUGAAAAGGGAAACAUGAUAGCCUCAGCCCUCGCUCAGAUCCCACAAAAGGUACUGUGGAAAUACAGUGGAGAAAAACCAAAGACUCUGGGUGCCAACACCAGAAUAUAUGAUUGGAUCCCUCAGAACGACCUACUGGGUCACCCCAAGACCAGAGCUUUUGUCACUCAUGGCGGCACAAAUGGGAUUUAUGAGGCCAUUUAUCAUGGUGUUCCCAUAGUGGGUAUCCCCAUGUUUGCUGACCAGCCUGACAACAUGGUCCAUAUGAAGGCAAAGGGAGCAGCAAUUAUCAUGAACUUGAACUUCAUGAAGACUGAGGACCUCAGAGAUGCAAUCAGUGCUGUCAUCAAUGAAAAAUCGUAUAAGGAGAAUGCCAUGCGGCUGUCUAGUAUUCACCAUGACAGACCAAUGAAUCCUCGGGAUGAGGCAAUAUUCUGGAUCGAGUUCACCAUGAGAAACAAAGGAGCCGAACACCUGAGGGUCCAGGCCCAUGAGCUCACCUGGUACCAGUAUCACAGCCUAGAUGUCCUGAUCUUCCUCCUUACAAUUGUUCUGCUCCUCAUAAUCAUCUUCAUCAAGACCUGCAGUUUCUGCUUCAGAAGGUGCUGUGGCAGAAAGGGAGUGGCAAAGCGAAAGGCUGAAUAACUGUUGAAUAAACUGCACAAUCCAACAGUUCACCAAGCCCUGUUGGUCUAAACGUAAGCAUGUAACGCAACCACAAUGCCCUGGAUCGAGUUUUGUGCCAUGGGAUGACUAAUUAUCACUACUUUGAUAUAAACUACCUUGGACAAAAAUGUUAAGACAUUUCCAAAAUAACAUCCAUUGUGGGAUUAAAUAGUUCAAUAAAAAUUGAACCUGUCUCGUUACUAUAAAAUCAGGUUCAGUCAGCCUAGACUACACAGACACCAAUAUCAUGCAUUUACUUUCCAUAGAUGUGUAUACGUGCUCGCUUCCUCAUGCGUCAUUAAUAAUUAUUUCAACAGCUCACAGGUGUGCACUCAUUUGCAUAAAUGCACCUGAGGCCAAUUUGGCAAUGAAAAGCUGAAUGGUAAUUCGAUUAUGUAAGUUUGGGGGUGGAAACAAAAACACACACACAAAAGGAAUUUAAUUCCGUGCCUUUACUUUGUUAAUAUGAAUGACACCCCAACCCUGCAAGUAUUCUUGCACAUAAACAACAGUAGAAUUACCAAUAUUUAUACAGACAUGGGCUGCAAAUCAACAAUUUUAACUGAAAAAUAAACAGCCCUUCCAUGUUAUCAUAACAGAGCCAAAAGAGCUUUACACAGAAAUGUGACAUUCAUAUCUGCAUUAGUAUAAUUGUGUGGGUGUGUAUGUAUCAUUUUUUCAUUUUUCCAUCUUCUUUGACCCUCCAUAACAUAAGCUCCAUGCAGGCAGCAGCGUCUUCGGCAGUGUCGUGGCCACAAACUGGGAGAAACAUUGAUACGGUACAUUUAAACAAAUGUACACACUGACAAAACAUGUAUUAGCUAGAAAUCAGUUACAUGGUUGCAAUUACAUAAUGCAUGGCAGGUUUCACUUCUAAUUUUGUAGCCUGAUUAUGAUCCAUUCAUUUAUUUGAAUUUAGGUUUUGAUUCAGAUGUAUAGUGGGGUUUAAAACAGACUGGAUAUAUAAAUAAAAGAGACACUUGUAUGGUGGUUGUAGUUUUCCAUGAUGACCCACCACUCUCUUGGAUGAUCCUCCUUAAGUAUUCAGCAGUGAGGUUGUUGAGGGUCAGCUUGUGAGGGGGCCCCAGACGGUGGGGGAAGACCACUGAUGUGUCCACCACUGACCUAUGGAGCAACUACAGUAAAGAGGAAGAUACCUGAAGCUCUUUUUACUGGGGGUAGCCUCUCUGCUUAAGUAAAAAUUAUAAUUAAUGGAAAAAAUAAAAAAAAAUAAAAAAAUAAACUCCACUGGCAUGGCACAACUGUAAGUGUAGGGCCCAAAAUGACUAAUCUUAUCUUAAGUGUGUGUCCCACUUUUGAUUCACUGUAAAGAUCAAACUUGUGUAAUUCUUUAAAUAAACAUUAAAAACCAGUUGAAAACA